AUGCCCAUCUACCUCGCUCAUGGUUUCCGCUGGCCACGUGAUGGAUUCACCGGCAUCCGUGUCCAUGCCAUCAUUCACAACCUGGAGCCUGUCUCCGUUGAGUACAUCCAGAAUGCUCCGUCGCGCCUUUCGUUGCUCUCCUCACUUCGCACUCUCUUUCCUGAUAUCAUGACACGGCUAGAGAAAUCCGGCGCUCGAGUCGACUUCCUCGAACAGUACGAUCCCAACGAUACCUCUCCGAACGCAGUCACGCAGCCUUAUGCCUUCGUCUGCGAUCGAAUAGCCAUGAUAGCAGGUGGGGAGAAUGCGGAAGACCAUCUCAAUGAUCUGUUUCAGACACAAGCCAGUCAUGCAGCGAAAGAGGCUCGGAAAAAGCCAGACUCUGCAUCCUCAAAUCCAUCAUCUACUGAAUCUGGUCCAAAAUCGUCCUCACCAGAGCGGACUGCAACGGCACCGCCCCUGAAAAAGCCACGAGCAAGGACUAUGCCCAUGUCAAUCGAAAAGCCUUUCAACUCGCCGCCGGAUAUUCGAGCUUUGAGCGCCAAUCUACACGAUACCACCACUGACAAACCCAUCUCACCAGACGCGUGGGACGCGCUAGCCGAGCUUCGCGAUCAGCUGGCCAAAGACGAGAAGAUUGGCUGGUGGGUCGUCUACAAUGGCGACCCAGUAAGAGCCUUUGAUCCCAGUGACGACGAGGAUUACGAUGAUGAUAGCGAGGACACCGAGAUGGGCGAAAGUGUUGAAGAAGGCAUUAAGGAACUCCGGCCUGUCGUCUCAACGGCGCGAGCUCAAACCCCCAAAGCUCCCACACUCUCCACGGCUCUCCCUUUACGAGAAAGUCGACCCUCGAAUGAAGAGAAGGAAGUCCAUGUGGGACCUGUAAAACACAACACUGUAACAUACGUGAAGGACCCCAGCUCGACUUCGUCAGCAGUACGCAGUCCGACCGGUGGCCGCAUUCCACCUCCUGUGCCUCCGCCGUCGAAAAAGACCAGAAGUCCCAUAAAGAGUCAGGAAUCCAACCCCAACCCGCAAGCCGCCACUAACGGCCGAGACAAGGAGCUGCCACCUUCGCCUGCCGACCAUCAGCGGUCCAAUACUCAGUCCGGUGCAGAUCUGAGCAGGACUGUCACAAGAGAAAAGGACGGCGUGCGAAGGGAAGGGUUGCGGAAACCCUCGCCAGCAGACUUUCGGCGGAUGAACUCCCAGGUCGAGUCAGACCCGAGCAGAGCGAUUGCGAAGGAAAAAGAUAGCGUUAGGAGGGAGGGUCUACGAAAGAAGUUUUUCGGCAAGAAAAGUGGGUAG